GAUUAAUAGGCGUUCGUUAUUCAUCGAUGUGAAAGUAGCUGCAUUGCUGGAUAAAGCAUGUUUAAGGCCGCGCCUUAAAUUACAGCGUUUGUUGACUACUUCAUAAUGUUCACCUCCAGGGUAUGUAGCGACGUGUUAGCCCACACGGGACAGCCUACGGUACCUUAUAAUUACCAUAUAAGUGGGCCAGAAACCGGUCAGGCAGCUGCAGUCCGUGUUAGAGCGCGUGGUCGAUAACAUAGAGAGGCAGAACAACAGAGAGAGAACAACAUGGCGUCUUCACUGUUGUCUCAGAUCAGCGAGGACUUCUUGAAGUGCCAGAUUUGUCACGACACGUUUAAGCGUCCCAAGGUGCUGUCCUGUCUCCACACCUUCUGUCUUCAGUGUCUGAAGAGCUACCUUAAGAAGAACCCGCGGGUCAGUAUCAAGACGUUCCUCUGUCCGCUUUGUCGUCAGGAGACGGCGACGCCACCGACGGGCGCAGACGGUCUUAAGGAUAACUUCUUCGUCUCCAAUCUUCUGGAGGCCCUGUCGACGCUGAAGACGUUCAAGGUGAAGGGGUUUGUGGCUUGUGGAGGCUGCAGCCGCUCCGCCAGCUCCCGCUGUAUGGAGUGUGAGGACUUCCUGUGCGUCCACUGUCAUGGCGUCCACGCCAAGCUGAAGGUGACGCGUGAUCACACCGUGCUGUCAAUCAGGGAGCUGAGCUCGGAGGGAGGCAGCGCACAGAUCCGAGCCUACACCAAAGCCACCCUCUGUCCCGUACACGAAGGUGAGACCAUGAGGUUCUACUGUGAGACAUGCCAGAAGCCCAUUUGCCGCGACUGCACCGUCUUAGACCACAGCAAGCCCGACCACAAGUAUGUUUACUUCAAGGAUGCCCUGUCCUCACGGAAAGACGAGAUCCAAGAUCUGCUCACAUCCUGCAGGGGUAUGGUAGAGGGCCUUGAAGAAACCAAGGAACGGCUUGAAAGCGAGGAAGGCGAACUACGUGAAACUAAGGAGGGAACGCUGAAGGAUAUAGAGGAAUGGGUGGCUGGUCUGGUAUUGGACACACAAAGGAAGAAAGAAGAACUUAAAGACCAAGUCGAAACAAUCUACAACGAGCAGCUCAAGGAACUGUCGGCGGCAAAAAGUAGAGUUGAAAUGACUUUAAAUGACAUCGACAGUGGAUGCGGUUUCUCGGAGAAGGUUCUAGAUAUUGGAACAGACUUCGAGAUUUUAUCCAUGCGCAACGAAAUGGCAGCCAGGCUGUCAGAUUUGACGAAGAUGGAGCGUCCCAAAGUUGACCAAAACCGCUCAGGGCUGAUUAAGUUCCGACCGUACGGAGGGAUUGGAGAACUCGUCAAGCUGGGGGUCGGGGAGUUAGACUCCCGGACAGUUGGAGAACUUGUGGUGAAGUUCGGAGGAUGGGGUCCGCAGCAGGGACAGUUCAAACACCCAGGCGGAGUCGCCGUGAGUUCAGCCGGGCACAUCAUCGUGGCAGACACCGGAAACCACCGCAUCCAGGUGUUCGACAGUCGCGGAGUCUUCUUACGCGCAUUCGGCUUCUACGGAUCGGCAGACGACGCCUUCAGUCACCCUCACGACGUCGCCAUGACAACAGACGACCGCAUCCUGGUCACCGACAAGGGGAACAAGCUCGUCAAGCUGUUUACCCUCGAAGGGAAACUGAUAGGAAAGAUCGGUACCGGUAAUCUGAAGGAGCCGACAGGAGUGGCGGUGUACAAACAUGGCGGCGUGGCUGUGACUGACACCCGGGAUGUGAAGACCUUCACACGAACAGGUGUCAUGUCGGCUACCUGUACCAGUGACGAUCCGGGAUACUCGCACUACCUCUGCACAGAUGACGAAGGCCGGGUCUACGUGUCUGACUUCACCAACGGGUUCAUCAAAGUCCUGGACCAGCGGCACGGGCUGAAGUCUCAGUGGAGCGCAGGGUGGCAGGAGUUCCGCGGGGACGGCUGGGUGUUCCGGCAGAAGAGACUGGCGGGGCCGGGCGGCAUCUGUCUGGAUAAGGCGCGCAACAUCAUCGUGGCUGAUUACCAUGGCAACAGUGUGGAGGUACUGGACGCGGUAGGCGUGUACAAGGCGACUGUAGCCAACGGACUGAACCAUCCCGAGGGGGUGGCGCUGACUCCCCAGGGGCACGUGGUCGUGGUGGAUAGUGGGAAUAACUGUAUUAGGGUGUACAAGUGUAGUUACUAAGAACAUAGUUUCCAGCGACUUGACUGAAAAUUGUCUGAAAUUUGCCUAAAAGCACCAAAUUUUAGACACAUGUAAUCUAAUGUAUAAUAAUGCUAAAUAGAUCUAGAUAUGGAAAUAUAUCAGUAUUUGUUCAUGAUCUUUGGCAAUUCUAACGAAAGAUGUGCAUUUUGGUGAUGAUGUAUGUGUGAUGAUACUUGAAGUAAUUUUGAUGAAAUUUGGAAUAAACCUGUAACUUAGCAAUCGCUUGAUAAUACUGUACGUAUACUGACAGUUGUGUAGGUUAUUGAAAACACGCAAGACCUGUAACAUCUAGUUGUAGUAAUUGUUUUAUUUUGGCCAUUAUUAGUUAAAUGACAUCUCAAUCUAGUUGUCUGUGACUUUGAUAUAGCAUUCAGUUUAUCACUUUUACCAUAAGUUAGAUAGUUAGAUCCUUUAGUUAGAUAAGCUAUUCUAAAAAAAAAAAAUUCCAGGCGCCAAUUACAGCAAACGCAUAGCGAAGUUCUUGCAAAAUGUAAACGUAUACAACGGAACCUGUUAUGGAGGUGUUGCCAUCCGUCAGUUUAAGUACUAGUUUAAGCCUACAACGGUUACUGUUUCUUAUCUAAGUGGUAUGUGGUUUCUGUUUCAAUUAAAAUGUUGCUCAAUGUAGAUGCUGGUGCUAACAAAACGUUAAGUAUCGACGACGAAAAAGAUUUAGUGGUGGUUAGUGGUGAUAGAAGAAAUAGUCCUUUCAUAUUCACCAAAAAUAUACAGGUACGUGCAAAAUGAGUUGUUCGUAAACAGAUCCAGUGUAAAAUCAGGCAGCAAAUACGCCAGACAGGCAAUAGUGUACAGACUAAAACUUUACUUGUGGUGUCGCUCAUUGCACUAACGCUAGUUCACCUUUAUCCACAGGGUAACCGUGGUUUCAAAUUGCAAAAUAUUUUUUUCUGAAAUAUUUCAAUUUGAAACUAUUGUCGGCCAACUUGACAUUCCUAAAUACCCAGUCUAUCCCAACAACAGAUAUAGGUUACCUUGGGGAUAAAGGUGAAAUAGCGUUAAUACAACAUUAACAUCUGGCUAUCAACGUGCACAAAGCGGUGAGAAUCAAAUGUGAUAACCUCCUGCUAAAUACUAAGCAGAGUCUCUUAUUCUGGUAGAUUAUGACUGAUGUUGGAAGAGUUAUUGAAAUGCAUGUGCGUCAUACAUUGUAUGUUAAGAUUUUUGAGAUAAUAAAGAUCUAACGUUAAUUAACAA